UGGGAGACUCGAUGGAGAAUCUAGAAAACAAUUCACAGGGGUGGGCCGACGAUGUCAGCAAGUUUGUUAACAAGCAGAAGAGGGGUGCUGUUACCGGGUUGAUCAAACACAAAUUCGGAUUCUAAGUGGAUGAACAUGAGAGAGACAUGUUAUUGGGAGUGGGAGAUGAGGAUGAACAUCUGGUUUUUAUUCAAUGGAGAUUCCACUAUUCAUACGAUACGUUGUAUUCGAUCGCUUCUUAGCACUCUAUCCAUCAUAGUAUUGAUAAUUUUGACCAGUCGUUCCUGCUACCCUUGGUCUCGACGCGGCGCACCUCACACGGGUCCGCUCAGUAGGUCGAUUAAUUCUCACGAGCCACUCAAAUCUCACAAAUCCAUCGUUCUCUCGAGUCUACUCACGUUAAUUCUCACGAGCCACUCAAAUCUCACAAAUCCAUCGUUCUCUCGAGUCUACUCACCACUCUCAUGAUCUUUCGUCUCUGUCUCGUGAUUCGUGAUCGUGAUCGUGAUCGUGAUCGUGAUCGUGAUCGUUCAUCUAAUUCCCACAUCGCUCAUUCUU